AUGAUUGAAAGUCCCAUAUCAUUACAUGAAAUUAGGGACAAUGUAAACAAAAGACAGUACUCAACGGUGGAUCAGUACCUCGCAGAUUUCGAGUUGAUGUAUAAAAAUGCUGAGACUUAUAACGAGCCGGCGAGCAUCGUGGCUCAACAUGCCAAUCAGAUAUUCCAGUUUGUUAAAGAUCAAAUACACGAAUCCGAGUCCACGCAGACAAGGGGUAACGAUGUGGCCGAGGAUAUGAUGUCCCCAGAGAAGUUGAAAGCAUUACAACUCAAAAUCAUCAGCGAUCUAGUCGAAUACAAACAGAAAGGGAGAAAACUUUCCCCUAUAUUUAUGGACGAACCUAAUAAGGAUAUAUACCCCGAAUACUAUCAGGUUAUAGAACGUGCAACCUCAUUUAAUACUGCUAAGAAGCAGAUCGAUGGAAAUGAAGCUUCGACGAUCCAAGAGUUUGUUGACAUCGUCGACUUAAUUUUCAAGAACGCAAAAAUAUUCAAUGAAGAGGGAAGUCAAGUAUACGAGGAUGCCGAUACCCUACAAAAAGUAUUUAAUGAGAAAGUCGAUGAACUCAAAGCCAGAUUGGAUGGUACACAACAAGGUCAAGGAAGCUUGAAGCUUAAGGUGAAACCCCCACAACAGCAAAAACUGAAACUUAGCCUUAAGAGUCAAGGUCACGAUGGACCCGCUAGUACAGUAACAGAUGACAAGCACGCUAACCGAUCGGGAGACAAAAAGUCAGAAAAGAAACCAAAAGCUCAGAAUAUUAAAGAAGAAUUGAGUCUGCAGAGAGGGAAAAGGAACAAGGCCGGUGUAAUAGGCGUAUCUGAAGUAGAUGUCCCGGAACGACGUAACGAAGGUGAUGAAGAGGAAGAACAAGAAGACGAAGAGGAAGACGCCGAGAAGCCAGAGGAGGAAAACCAGGACGACGGCGAAGUAGAUGGAUCUGAUGGGUCUGAGGAUAAUAGACAUGACAGUGAGAGCGAUCACGAUGAGGAUGAAUCUUUCCCUCAAGUCAAGAUCCCAGCAAAUGUUGUAACCAGAACAUCAAAAACAGCUAAUCCGUUGUUUCAAAUGGUUAAUAUCACAUCAAAUAUCCCCGUAACUUCGCGCUAUAUGCAGGCAAAAAAUCCAGUACCACCUGCAAACUUCCUGGACGUUUUCCAACUAAUCGUUCCCCCAUCGAAAACACACACCAUCAGAGCUUACUCAUUGACGUUAGCAACGUUUCAUAGCAGUCUCAACUUCUCAGUGGAUCUAGACGAAGACUUGCAUUUCAGACAUUAUAACCUCUCCCUUCUCCACCAAGGCCGUCGAAUCGCACCUUCUUCUUCGACUGCGUCAAAUCCAUUUUCAGAUACGUCAAAACCACUUAAGGAUAGAUUUGAGCUGACCCUCACUCCUGGUCUCAAUCAUAUCGAACUUUCGCUUCAAGCAAGCCCAAAGCGCGACUCCAGUGGCCCACCAGUCCGUCACUCGGUUCAUACACCUGAUCUGCUCCAUGCAGAGGGUAGUGAGCUGGAAAAGCUGACCUUUUGGAUAACAUUGUCGCGGUGA